UUAUAAGUUUAUAGUAAAAAAAGUAACACUUUAAUUGUAUCGUAUUUUAUAAAAGUUUUUGUGUCAUUGUAAAGUUCAAACAUAAGUCAACUUCUCGACGGCAUACACGUUUAAAUUUGUCGCCAUGGACUCAAGUUCCGACGAAGAAAUCAGAAGAUUAAGAGAGGAAUUAGAACGUAAGAUAGAACAAAAAAGACGAAGAAAACAAGAAAAGUUGCUACACACACCGCAACCCGAGGAGAAUACUUCUUCUGCGUUAAAGCGGACAGAUCUAGUAGGAAUAGAAGACACUCCAAACAAGCAAGCUGCUCUAUCUGAAGACAGACAUCAAAUUAAAGGAAAUACCGACGAAAAUAUAGUUCUGGCUGGACAAGCAACAGAUGGCGAAAUAAAUAAAACUUUGUUGGAUAAGAUUUUUGAAAAACGAGCAGGGACCACCGAUAAGGGUAAAAAGUACGAAGAUUUGGUUACCGCUAAAGUCGCACUACAAUUGGUAAGCGACAGUAAAAUAAGAGAUUUCUACAUUUCUUCGAACGAUAAAAUUUUUGGUGAUUUUGAUGACGUGGUUAUUGAGAUUAAGACAGAUAGAGGAAUAAAAACAAAAGCACUGCAGUUAAAACAUAGCAACGAAAAAAGACUACUAAGUAUAAAGCAGUUGGCAAGUAAAACGGGAAACUUUAGCAUAACAAAAUAUUUCAAAUCUGCUCAAGAGGUACAAGGCGAAGUAGAAGAAUUUAUAUUAUUCACCACAAACAACUUUACAACUUCAAAGGAAACAAAAUUUAAACUCGAAGGAGAACAGUUCUACGUGAAGCCGAUUAAAAAGACAGCAUCAGAAGACGAUUGCGACAUGUUAAGAAUUUCGGAAAACAUAAAUUAUUAUCAUACAUUUGAGAUCGUUGAGGACGAAUGGACUAAACAAAAUCUUGAAAAAAUUCAGCAGUAUCAACCAUUCUUCGAACGCUUUCGUCUUUACACAAACCAAAAACGUUUUGAAGCUCUUACAAAAUCAACAAUGAAUACAUUUACUGAGAUGUUUUGCUCUAACGAAGAAACUUUCAAGAAGUACGUCGACGUCAUAUCAGAAUGGAGUUUGCGAGGAGGAAAAAAAGAAAAGCUAAGCAAAAGAAUGAUGCAACGUAUAAUCGCACUUCGUUUGCUUUCUUCUCAGAUCGAACCGUUUGUUUUUGGUUCAGUCACGGACGAAAUGAAAAUACUUCGAGACGCUAUUUGUUUGUUCGAUAUUACGUUGGUGGAAAAAAAAGGCAGCAACGCAGUUAAAAAUUUGUGGGGAGACUUGGACCAAAACAUUGACCUCAAAGAACUAAACAAAGUUCGAUUACUUUAUUCCCUUUCUUUUGAUUGUAUAAGUAGUGUCGAAAAUCUGGAUGCAAAUUUGUUGACACAGUUGCUAUGGCUGAUGGAGAAAUGUCCGCUCAUUGUGAAAGAACACGUCAAUAUGGAGAAAGCUAUUAACCUCUGUCCAGAUGCAAAAUUUAUUAUUCUUGGCGAGGGAAAAUAUGAAGAAUGGAUGAAAAAACACUCUGUGUUUCAAAACUUGUUCAACUUGGAAACAGAAAUCGAAUUGUAUGAAAAAAUAUUGCGAAAAUUCACCAUUUCUAUACAAGGCAAAGAACCACGUAAUUUGGUGACUGCUUUCGAAAAAAAUGAAGAGAUUUUCAAGCAUGUUACUGUGGAAAAACUUUUAGAGAUGGCAAAUGGUCCAUGCCAUAUAGAUGGACAAGAGGAAGUUUUUCCCAAUUUUUAUUUCGAUAGACAUUUGUCAGCCAAUAUUAUAGACAUUAAAUACUUAGAACAUGUUGAUCGAAAUACUGUAAUCAUUUUAAAUUGCGAAGGUAAUUGUCAGGAAUUGAAAAUAUCUAAAAAACAUACUCUAACAGACAUCGAGUGUUUUUUAAGAAAUACAGACCCCAAAAUUUUUAAUAAUACAAUUUUUAUAAGGAGUGAAAAAAAUUGCAGUGAUUCUGAUUUUCAGAAAAUAUGUUCUAAAGGAGCAGCAUCCCACACUGUACACUAUUUUAAAUUUCUCAACGAUCAAAAUUUAGAAUGGAUCCGAAGCAAAGGCUCUGUUAAUGAAUUGCGAAAUUAUAAAUUACCUAGUCGUUUCAAAAACGAAAAGGAAAUUUGGUCCUCCGAAUUCAGUAACAACAUACAUUUAAUAACAGGUGACCCAGGAAUGGGCAAAACCGAGUUAACGAAGAGUCUAAAAAACAACUGUUGUGCGAGAUAUUGGACCGUGAUCCUCAGUGCUCAAGAUGUUAUGUCUUUCUUUAAAAAUUCAAUGAAAUCUGAAAUAUUAGGAGAUUUAAAACUAUUCGAAACAUUCAUUUUAAACAAAAAAUACCGACACCUAGCUGGGCUGGAUCGAGAAUAUUUGACACUGUGUUUAAAGCAACGCAAUGUGGUUUUUGUAUGGGACGCUCUUGAUGAAAUAUUUACACAGUAUUUAAAUGGUACUUUAGGUCUCAUUCUUAUGUUAACGCAGAAAGGUUUCAUUCAGUGGGUUACUGCGAGGCAACAUUUGAAAUCUUCUCUUGAAGAACAAUUUAAUACUCUGACAGUGAGUAUCAAUCAGUUCAGCGAAGUCGAGCAAGAAGAUUAUAUUAAGAAACGUCUUAAUGGUUUUAUUGCGUCUGUGGACAUGAAACACACCAUCGACAAAAUUAAAUCCACGUUUGCAUUUAUAAAACAUCUAGAUAUAUUGGGAAUCCCUCUUCAAAUUUUUAUGCUAACAGAUGUAUUACUUAAAAAUAAGAAAAAAUAUUUAGAGUUAUUAAACAAUAAAUUUCUCCUGACUGACAUGUAUCGUUACUUUCUUGACGGAAAAUUUAAGUUUUUCUACGAAAGCAAGGUUCCUGUAAAUAAUGAUUUUUGGAAAGAAAAAGUCAGAAAGGAAAAGGAAGAAAAAUUAAAACUGUAUGAAAAAUUGGCGCUUGGAGCAAUAUUUCCUGAAGAUGUUUUGAAACAAUUAAAGAUAGAUUGUUCGCAAGAUAGAGAUUCUGUUUCUGAAGAUUUCGCAACUGUCGGUAUCGUGACUGGUCUACAAAACGGCAUUCCGCAAUUUGCACAUGCUUCCUUUGCCGAAUAUUUUGUUGCCUUGUAUUUUUCUAAAAAUUUUAGAAUGACACGCAGAGACAUUUUUUUUGAUGAAAAAUAUAGCAAUGUACGUUUCUUCUUCGACAUGUUAACUGGUAAAAAUUCCCCGGUCCACAUCGCUAUUUUAUACAGGGUGUCUCAGAAAUAAGUACAUUAAUUUUAAUCAGUUAUAGAGCUCAUUGAACUCAACAACUUUUCUUAGUAGAGUUUUGUCAAGAACUUUUUAAUUAUCAAGUUAAAAAU